UCUAGAAAGUUCUCUGUCAGGAUAUAAAAAGCAGGAGAGUGUGUUACAGUCACAUUAUCCACAGGACGUAAAACAGAGCAGAAAACCUGCAAACCUGCGCCAGAAUGAAAAUCGCAGACUUGAAAACAUCUAAAGGCUGCUACAGCUGCUUUUGGAGACAGACAGGAUGUGGAUGACUAACGCCGUAGCUCUUUGUCUGCUGGCCCUCGUUGCCUCUGCAGAGGACAAGAAGCUGAGCAGCCAUGCCACUAUGCUGGCUGAUAACAGCGCCAAUCUGGCCUUCAGCCUCUAUCACAACAUGGCAAAGGACAAAGACACAGAGAACAUCCUCAUCUCUCCUGUGGUGGUGGCCUCCUCUCUGGGGAUGAUUGCUCUUGGUGCCAAGGCUUCCACUGCCUCCCAGGUCAAAAAAAUCCUCAAUGCUGACAAACUGAAGGAUGAGCAUCUGCAUGCAGGCCUGUCCGAGCUGCUCUCUGAGGUGAGCGAUGCCAAGACACGCAACACGACCUGGAAGAUCAACAACCGCCUGUACGGCCCCAGCUCCGUCUCCUUUACUGAUGAUUUUGUGAAAAACAGCAAGAAGCACUACAACUACGACCAUUCAAAAAUAAACCUGCGAGACAAGAGGAGUGCAGUGAACUCCAUCAAUGAGUGGGCAGCCAAGUCCACAGAUGGCAAGCUGCCUGAGGUCACCAAGGAGGUGCAGAAUCCAGAUGGAGCCACGAUUGUCAACGCUAUGUUCUUCAAGCCUCACUGGGAUGAGACAUUCAAUGAUAAGUUGGUGGACUCACGUAGUUUCCUGGUUUCCCGCUCAUUCACCAUUGGAGUUCCCAUGAUGCAUCAUUCAGGUCUGUAUGACUUCUACGAGGAUACAGAGAACAAUAUCUUUGUGCUGAACAUGCCUCUGGGCCAGAAGCAGGCCUCUAUGAUCUUCAUCAUGCCCCACUAUGUGGAGCCCCUGCAGCGCCUGGAGAAACUCCUGACCAGGAAGCAGGUGGACACCUGGAUCAGCAAGAUGGAGAACAAGGCUGUGGCCCUUUCCAUCCCCAAAAUCGAACUGGAAGUCAGCCACAACCUGCAGAAACACCUGGCUAAACUCGGCCUGACCGAGGCCGUGGACAAAGCCAAGGCAGACUUGUCCAACAUCUCCGGAAAGAAGGACCUGUACCUGUCCAACGUCUUCCACGCGUCAGCCCUGGAACUGGACGUGAAGGGAAACCCCGUUGACACCAGCAUCUACGACUCCGAAAAGCUGAGGGACCCCAAGCUUUUCUACUUAGAUCACCCCUUCAUUUUCCUGGUGAAGGACAACAAGACCAACUCCAUCCUGUACAUUGGCAGGGUGGUUAGACCUAAAGGUGACAUGUUGCGUGAUGAGCUGUAAAGUUAAUGGGAAUUAGGGUGAGUAGCUUUGCUAUUUCUAAAAUGAUGGCAGGUAACUGCGUGUAUUUUUGUUAUGACAGUUAACCUUAGUUGACCUUAUGAGCACAUUCCAGUUGGCAACCUGUGUACUUAGUUCCUGAGCUUACUGUUUUAGACACAACCCUCAUUGUUAGGUCUCAGUCUUAAGCCCCCCUCUUCAUCAAACGGCAGACAACAUGCUUAUACUAAGUAAGUUUUCUUCACACCUUGUUUUACUAGUAUUACUUCGGCUAUGAUCCAUGUGCGUUUUCAUGCACCAUCUUUAAUGUUUAAAGUCAAAAAGAUCUUUGCACAAGUUUAUGUCUCGCUCCUUCCCUUCACACGCUCAGUUAUUUAUUUUGCCUCCAAUCUGCACUGAAUUAUUUCCCUGCACGAGCUGAGCUUGCAGAGGAAAGGAGGCAAAAGGUGUGUGCUUAAUUCAUGUUCACUUGCUGCACAAAAAAAGCUGUUGGAAUUGUGUGAUUAUGUCAAAAUGUGUCCAUUUUUUUCAAUAAAAAACAAAGAGGA